AUGAACAUGACAGAGAAGAGUAGCUUCAGAGUUGUGGCGGACAAGCUGAGUGAAGUGAUUCAAACUUUAACUUCAAUACAAAAGGCUUGCUUGUCCCUCCAGCCGUUCCAAGAGGAAAUAAAAAUAGAGCGUGGCUUUGGAGAAGAAGUUGAUAUCAAGAGAAUUGGCGAUGAAAUGGAAGCCGUCGAUGACAUGAUAAGAAGACGAAGUGCGAUCUUGUCGAAGGCGGAUAGCAUUUCUGGAGUUUUGAAAGAGACGAACUCGAUUGUCCAAAUAUACUUGGACGAGUGUAAGUGCGAGAACAAUCACUUGAUUUCCCAACACAAUGAACUGACUCGCAAAAUGAUUGAACUUGAAGAAGACAAGCUGAAGAAAGAUGUUAAAGACCGUCAAGAGUGGAUUGAUGAGAGGACGGAGCAGUUUGAGAAGAGGAAAAAUGAACUUGAGCGAGGGUUGUACGCCAUCACACAGAAUGAGUCCCAUGUGAAAUUAGGAGAGGACAUCCAGAACUGUCUUAUCACACAAAUUGAAACUUGGAGUACCAAAAAGGUCAAUGGCGUUCUCUUUGAUUCCAAAGUCGACACAUACACUGCAGAAAAGAACAUGUUUGGAAGCGCGUUGGUUGGGAAAGGAAAGAUGGCUAUAAUCAUCGAAGACAUGAACGCCAAUCUCUUUGGAGUCUAUCUGGAAACAAAAGUGUUCCGAUCGAAUCGGUACGUCUGUGAUCGAAAGGCUUUCAUCUUCUCGUUGUUCUCGAAUGGCAGGAGUGAGCGACCACUCAAAUUUGAUAUUAAAGAGCCUCAGUACGCAUUUGUCUUGAACGACGACGAGGGGGGAAGACUGUUCAGUGUGGGGUAUGGAUGUUUGAAUGGGAAUGACAUCGACGUUGACAAGAAAAACUGUGGGAGUGGGAAGUGUGGAAGUGCGUCAUACGAUUAUAAAGGAAAUGUGAAUAUCUUGUGUGGGUCGAACAACUUUUUGCCUAAAAGGAUAGUGGUGUUGGAGAUGAGUUAA